AUGAAUGGAGAUGACAUGAUUCCAGGAUCUCCAGUGACUGAUAAGAGAGCCAUCAUCUUGGCUAUCGUUUUAUUAUUUUUGUGCCUGGUGGCAGCAGUGAGCAAUGGCUUCAUCACUGCAGCUCUGGACGUGGAGUGGUUGCUACAGAGAACACUGUUACCUUGUGAUAAAUUAUUAGUCAGCCUGGGGGCCUCUUGCCUCUGUCUGCUGGGUGUGAUGAGGAGGACCAUUUAUAUUUUCCUGUAUCCAGAGGCCUUCCCAUCCAACCUUGUACUGCAGUUCCUAGCCUUCUGGCGGGACUGGCCAUCUUACGAUUCUCCACCUACCUAGCUCAGUGUCUUCCAUUGCAUGAAAAUUGCAACCUUCACCCUCCCCAUCUUCCUCUGGCUAAAAUAGAAGGUGUCUGGGUUGGUUGCAUGGACUGUAGGGCUCUCCAACUUGAGCACCAUCUUUUUCAUAGGCAACCAGAGCUUGUAACAGUACUUUGUAAGGAGAAGGUUGCAAUCUGGGAAUGCCAUUGAGAAUACCGUGAGACCAUAUGAGAAAUUCUACUUCUUCUGUUUAAAACUUGUUAGCUGGACAGUCGUUACUGCUGUCUUCCUUUUCGACAGUUUGGUCAUGUCUCUGGAAAGACACACUAAGAAGGUCUGCCUGUCCAGUGGCUUUUGUGAGCCCAGGGCCCAGGUGCACAACCAGGUUCUCCUGGCUCUCAUGUCCUUUUCCGUCCUCUCCACCUCCUGUUUUCUGUCACUGGUGCUCAAUGCUGCAGGUGUUUUUCCAUUUUGGGACCCUAGCUACUGGGUGUGGCAGGCAGUGAUUUAUCUGUGCUCAGCAGUCCCCAUCACUGCACUUGAGCAACCCCCGGCCGAGAGGUGUGGUGGAGAGGGGCUGCUGUGCAGGGUGCUGGGCAUCGUGAGUUGUAAUUGAUGAAAAACCUCAGAGACACUAAGGCAGAGGGCAUGGUGCAAUGGGACAUGGCUUCUUUAAAUCCCUUUGCCACUUUUAAUGUUCCUUUCCUCUCUGCUACGUUUCACGAGGAGAAUGACUUCUAUGAAAUAGGAUUUCAAGGUGGGAUCGAAGGUCCUGAGAUAAUGGGGUAGCGUCACUGAUGUACAACCCAGCAAGUCUGUGGCCAAGGCAGCUGUGUUCCCUGUGGGGCUUGAUGUGGCUAGAGUCAGGAAACUUUUACUUUCCCUGUGAUCGGUCUCUUGGAGGGUAAAAUUAUCCUUCUGGAGACUGGAUGCGAGGAUCCUGAUGCACCAUUCAAUUUUUAUCUGUUGAGUCAGACUGGAGAAGAUAUCUGGAACCUCAGUUUUCCUCUGGCUUCAUGCUGUAAACCACCUUUUCUU